AUGGCGCCUGCACUGACCGAGCUUCCGGCUCGCAUCGUGCAUGCGCUGCUUGCCUGGAUGCAAGAGACGCCCCUCUCCAUUCUGCUGGUGCUCUCUGUCACUCUAGUGGUCGGUGGACUGCUGUCGCUCUUCGCACUGCUGCACCUCGUCGCGCCCAAGCCCCGCGCGCCGUUCCCCUCGGAGAAGACGUACGUCACCAGCAGCCCCGACGGCACGCCCACCGCGCCGCGCCCGCUGCCGUGCUGGUACGACCGCUGGCUCGCCGAGCGACGCCUGAGCGAGAAGCGACAGGACGCCGCCAACGCCCCCGACUCGACGAUUCCCGACGCGGGCGUCAUCGACGCGCCCGAGCUGCGCCUGAGCGUCGUCCUGCCCGCGUACAACGAAGAGGACCGCAUCCUGCCGACCCUGGAAGAGGCUGUCGAGUACCUCGACAAGCACAUUGGCCGUCCCGGCGCGAAGCCGUCGUCGUCUUCUGACACGAGCCCCAAGGAGCAGCGCCAUCGCCACAGCCGCACGGCCUCCCGACCGGCGUCCGGCUACGAGAUCAUCGUCGUCAACGACGGCAGCAGGGACGGGACGGUCGACGUGGUGCUGCGGUUCGCGCACGAGAGGAAGCUGCACGACGUGCUGCGCGUCGUGAGCCUCGAGAGGAACCGCGGCAAGGGCGGCGGCGUGACGCACGGCCUGCGGCACGCCCGCGGGCACCACGUGCUCUUUGCGGACGCCGACGGCGCGUCGCGCUUCAGCGACGUCGCCAAGCUGAUGGAGGGCUGCGAGGGCGUCGAGGAUGCGUCGGGCCGGGGCGUGGCCAUUGGCAGCCGCGCGCAUCUCGUUGGCAGCGAGGCAGUGGUCAAGCGCUCUGCCUUGCGCAACUUUCUCAUGCGCUCGUUCCACCUCGUCCUCACCAUCCUCACCCCGCCGGCAACGUCGCGCAUCCGCGACACGCAGUGCGGCUUCAAGCUCUUCUCGCGCGCCGCCCUGCCGCACAUUGUGCCGUACAUGCACGCCGAGGGCUGGAUCUUCGACAUUGAGAUGCUCAUGCUCGCCGAGUCGGCGCCCGCCGCGCCGCUGCUCGGCGCCGACGGCGCCGUCAUCGGCACCAGCGCCGGCAUCAAGGUCGCCGAGGUGCCCGUCGAGUGGCACGAGGUCGGCGGCAGCAAGCUCAACGUCGUGCAGGACAGCGUCAAGAUGGCGCUGGGGCUGGCGGUGCUGCGCGCGAGCUGGAUGCUCGGCGUGUACAGGCGGCGUCUGACGUAG